AGGAGAGGAGAGGAGAGGAGAGGAGAGGAGAGGAGAGGAGAGGAGAGGAGAGGAGAGGAGAGGAGAGGAGAGGAGAAAACGUUCCCAGAGAAGGGCCUGGAGAGGAGCGCAAGAAUCGGGAGUGUUCGCAAGCAUCCGACUUACUGAAGGCAUCGAUUGAGAGCCAAGGGCUGUGCCCGAGGAACAAAGUUGCUGUAUAGGUGCAGAGCGAGAGCGACUGGGCGCAGGCCCAUCGAGAUGGUCUUUGCCCAACUUUUCUGGUGCCAGGAGGCACGGCUUUAGCGGGAAGGGCUCCUGCGAAAACUGCCUGAGUAAUGCUGGAAAGUGAAGUGGAUGUUUCUGGAGUCCUGCAAAAGUAUUUCUAUGUGAAGGCCUCUGUACUCUGAUUUGGAAAGGUAUUAAAACACUCCCAGAAAUCUCUGACCGUUUCAAGGGAGUGGUGUGUGUUUUUUGGAGAUGGUAGUAUCUACAGAGAAUCUUCAUGGAUUCUAAUGCUGGCAUCAGUGCAAGGAGUGUGGCGGGAAUGGGUUGGCUCUGGAUGGUCUGCUUCUUUCACCUAGUCACGUCACUAGAAGAAAUACUUCUGGAUACAACUGGAGAAACAUCAGAGAUUGGCUGGACCACCCACCCUUCUAAUGGGUGGGAUGAGGUAAGUGUACUGGAUGACAAGAAACGUCUGAUCCGAACCUUUGAUGUCUGUAACGUGGCUGAACCAGGUCAGAAUAACUGGUUGCGCACUCACUUCAUAGAGCGACGUGGAGCCCACCGAGUCCAUGUCCGCCUCCGUUUCUCAGUGAGAGACUGUGCCAGCAUGCACAUUGUAGCUUCUUCUUGCAAGGAGACUUUCACACUCUAUUACCACCAGUCGGAGGCUGACUUAGCCUCUCAGGAAUUGCCAGAGUGGCGUGAGGGCCCCUGGACCAAAGUGGACACUAUUGCGGCUGAUGAAAGCUUUUCCCAGGUGGACAGCACUGGGAAGGUGGUGAAGAUGAAUGUUAAAGUACGUAGCUUUGGGCCACUAACCAAGCAUGGCUUCUACCUGGCCUUCCAGGACUCAGGAGCCUGCAUGUCCCUGGUGGCAGUCCAAGUCUUUUUCUACAAGUGCCCAGCUGUUGUGAAAGGAUUUGCCUCCUUCCCUGAAACUUUUGCUGGAGGGGAGAGAACCUCGCUGGUGGAGUCACCAGGGAUAUGUGUACCAAACGCUGAAGAGACAAGCACGACUGGAUCUUCAGGUAUUCGGCUGCACUGUAAUGGAGAAGGGGAGUGGAUGGUGGCCAUUGGACGAUGCGUCUGCAAGGCUGGUUACCAGCCUAUUGAUGAUGAACGAGUCUGCCAAGCCUGUCCCCUUGGUUUCUUUAAAGUGUCUGUGGGACAUGACCCCUGCCUUCCAUGCCCUGCCCACAGCCAUGCUCCACUCCCAGGUUCCCGUGAAUGUGUGUGUCAGAACCGCUACUAUCGAUCUCCUAUGGAUAAUUCUGAUGCUCCCUGCACUGGUAUCCCCUCUGCUCCUCGUGACCUUAGCUAUGAAAUUGUUGGCUCCAAUGUGCUCCUGACUUGGCGGCUCCCCAAGGAUCUGGGUGGCCGCAAGGAUAUUUUUUUCAAUGUCAUCUGCAAAGUGUGCCCAGCAGGAUCCUCAGGGCCAUGUGUGCGCUGUGGGGACAGAGUACAAUUUGAACCACGCCAAGUGGGCCUGACAGAAAGUCGUGUGCAGGUCUCCAACCUCUUGGCCCGUGUGCACUACACCUUUGAGAUCCAGGCUGUCAACUUGGUGACUGAACUGAGUCCAGAAGCACCCCACUAUGCCACCAUCAAUGUUAGCACCAGCCAGACAGUCCCCUCUGCUGUCCCUAUGAUGCAUCAGGUGAGUCGUACUACCAGUAGCAUCACACUGUCAUGGCCUCAGCCAGACCAGCCCAAUGGGAUCAUCCUGGAUUACCAACUACGCUACUUUGACAAGGCAGAAGAUGAGGAUAAUUCAUUCAUCUUGACUAGUGAAACCAACAUGGCCACUAUAUCAAAUCUGAGCCCAGGCAAGAUCUAUGCCUUCCAAGUACGAGCUAGAACAGCUGUGGGCUAUGGUGCAUACAGUGGAAAGAUGUAUUUCCAGACUUUAAUGGGAGGGGAGCGCUCGGACAUGGUGCAGGACCGACUGCCGCUAAUCGUGGGCUCAGCACUCGGUGGUCUAGCCUUCUUGGUAAUUGCUGCCAUUUCCACCCUUGCCAUCAUCUUCAAGAGUAAAAGGCAAGAGACUCCAUACACAGAUCGCCUGCAACAGUAUAUUAGUGCACGAGGACUUGGAGUGAAGUAUUACAUUGAUCCUUCAACCUAUGAAGAUCCCAAUGAAGCUAUUCGAGAAUUUGCCAAAGAGAUUGAUGUGUCCUUCAUCAAGAUUGAGGAGGUCAUUGGAUCAGGUGAGUUUGGACAGGUGUGCUUUGGGCGCCUGAAACACCCAGGGAAGCGUGAAUACACAGUAGCUAUUAAGACCCUGAAGUCAGGUUACACAGAUGAGCAGUGGCGGGAGUUCCUGAGCGAGGCCAGCAUCAUGGGGCAAUUUGAGCAUCCUAAUGUCAUCCAUCUGGAGGGUGUGGUCACCAAGAACCGACCAGUCAUGAUUGUCACAGAGUUCAUGGAGAAUGGAUCACUGGAUUCCUUCCUCAGGCAGAAGGAAGGACAGUUCAGUGUGUUACAGCUGGUGGGAAUGCUACGGGGGAUUGCAGCUGGCAUGCGCUACCUUUCAGACAUGAACUAUGUUCAUCGUGACCUGGCAGCACGGAACAUCUUAGUCAACAGUAACCUUGUGUGCAAGGUGUCAGACUUUGGUUUGUCCCGUUUUCUGGAGGAUGAUGCUUCAAAUCCCACUUAUACUGGAGCUCUGGGCUGCAAAAUCCCCAUUCGUUGGACUGCCCCUGAAGCUAUCCAGUAUCGCAAGUUCACCUCCUCCAGUGAUGUCUGGAGCUAUGGCAUUGUCAUGUGGGAGGUGAUGUCCUAUGGUGAGAGGCCUUACUGGGACAUGUCCAAUCAGGAUGUAAUUAAUGCCAUCGAUCAGGACUAUCGCCUGCCACCACCCCCAGACUGUCCAACUGUUUUGCACCUGCUGAUGCUUGACUGCUGGCAGAAGGAGCGGGUCCAGAGACCCAGAUUCGAGCAAAUAGUCAGUGCCCUAGAUAAAAUGAUCCGCAAGCCAUCUGCCCUGAAAGCCACUGGCACUGGGAGCAACAGACCAUCUCAGCCUCUCCUGAGCAACUGUCCUCCAGAUUUCCCUUCACUCAGCAAUGCCCAUGAGUGGUUGGAUGCUAUCAAGAUGGGCCGUUACAAGGAGAAUUUUGACCAGGCUGGUCUGAUUACAUUUGAUGUCAUAUCACGCAUGACUCUGGAAGAUAUCCAGCGCAUUGGCAUCACCCUCGUUGGUCACCAGAAAAAGAUUCUAAACAGCAUCCAGCUCAUGCGAGUCCAUUUGAAUCAGCUUGAACCAGUUGAAGUGUGAUGUUUACAUCAUCCUUAUUCCACUAGUUUCAACAUCUGGAAAGGUUCUGGGGAAAUUCAGGGGAAUUUUCACUGUAAGAAAAAGAGAUGUCAGUAUGCUACUUGAAGACUUAAUGCACCCAGAGAGUGCACACAACAUGUCCUGUUCCAUGAACAAAACCAAAGCCUUGCCAUGAUGUGAAAGCAGAACUAAAUAAUUGGUGGCAUUUAAAUGUGGCUGAUGCAUGAACAGGAUCGGGGAGGGAAAGUUAUAAUAUGGGAAGGAGAUGGAUAUUAGCUUUGACAGAUCAGAAUUACCUGUUGCCUCUUCUCUGCCAACAAAAGGUAUCAGACAAAUUUACAAAGCCAUCCGCAGACUUAAUCUGUGGCUGGGAGCCCAGAAAAGCUACAAAGACAAAAUAAAGUCAACAGAAAGUUUUUUACAAAUGAACCCUAUCAUGGUAUGAGAGAUUAUUACUCAGGUGCAGAUGAGCACCAGUCUAUCACUUGGUAUGACAGCUUGGUGGGGAAUUCAAAUUCCAGUUAGUGCACAAUAAGACAUAAGCAAUAAGUAAGCAAUAAGACGUAUUACCUGGUAAAGAGGUUGAGGGUAAAGGGCUCCAAAUUGUAUGCUAUUAUGUGUGCAGUUGAGUCAGCUCCGUGAUCUAGGAGGGAAAUUUAGCAAUCCAUUGUGCUGACACAAGGAACAGCAAGUGCCUCAUGCUAUACAGCUUUGUUUAUGGGACUGCAACAGAACAGAACAAUAAGUACUCCUAGAAUACAUCCUGCUGGAUGUGCAUGUGGAGACAGAAAACAUAGAUUCUGGUCCUUGCAAACCCAUCUUGAGAGGAAAGGCAUAGGCUCUGAUAUUCUGAAAUCCUGAGUACCCAGAAUGUCUGUUUUGUGCUCUUCUGACCCCCUUACAGACAUUGAACAGUGUGACAGAAAAAAAUGUUAAGCCCUUUGAUGCUGAAAAAUACUUGCUCUUUUUCUCACCCCAGCCAGCAACAUCAAUGGACACGGUUGAAUAUUGUUUCUCAAGGAAAUGCAGACCUUCAGUAGUCAGCUCCAAAUAGGCAACUGGAAGAAAGGAGUUGAAACUCUUUCAAAAGUUCUUGUCAGCAGUGAUCAGGGAAGGGUACAGAAUCGCACAGAAUGUGUCCAGGUGGGUUUUGAAUGUCUCCAGAGAAGGAGACUCCACAACCUAUCUGGGCAGCCUGUUCCAGUGCUCUGUCACCCUCAAGGUAAAGAAGUUUUUCCUUGUAUUCAGAUGGAACCUCCUAUCCUUCAGUCUGUGCCCAUUGCCCCUCAUCCUAUCACUGGGCACCACUGAAAGGGGUCUGUUCCUAUCCUCUUGGCAUCCACCCUUGAGUUAUUUAUAAACAUUUAUGAGAUCCCUUCUCAGUCUUCUCUUCUCCAGGCUGAACAGACUCAGCUGUCUCAGUCUCUACUCAUAAGAAAGGUGCUCUAGGCCCCUAAUCAUCUUUGUAGCCCACUGCUGGACUCUCUCCAGUAAUUCUCUGUCCUUAAACUGGGUAGCCCAGAACUGGACACAAUACUCCAGCUGCAGCCUCACCAGGGCAGAGUAGAGGGGGAGGAUAACCUCCCUCAACCUGCUGGUCACACUUUUCUUAAUGCACCCCAGGAUACCAUUCACCUUCCUGGCCUCAAGGGCACAUUGUUGACUCAUGGUCAACCUGUUGUCCGCCAGAACUCCCAAGUCCUUCUCUGCAGUGCUGCUUUCCAGCAGGUCUGCCCCUAACCUGUACUGGUGCCUGGGGUUGUUCCUUCCCAAGUGCAGGACCCUAUAAUUGCCCUUGCUGAACUUCAUUAGGUUUUUCUUUGCUCAGUCCUCCAACCUGUCCAGGUCUCACUGAAUGACAGCACAGCCUCUGGUGUGUUGACCCUUCCUCACAGUUUGGUAUCACCAGCAAAUUUGCUGAGGCUACACUCAGUGUCUUCAUCCAGGUCAUUGAUGAACAGGUUGAACAGGACUAGACCUAACACUGACCCCUGGGGAACCCCACUAACUACAGGCCUCCAACCAGACUUCGCACCAUUGAUCACAACCCUCUGAGCUCUGCCAUCCAGCCAGUUUAUGAUCCGUCUCACCAUGCUUUCAUCCAGCCCACACUUCCUGAGCUUACCUAUGAAGAGGUUGUGAGAGACAGUGUCAAGAGCCUUGCUGAAUCAAGGUAUACAAUGUCCACUGCUCUUCCCUUGUCUAUCCAGCCAGUCGUACCAUCAUAGAAGGCUAUCAGGUUGGUCAAACAUGAUUACCCUUUGGUGAACCCAUGCUGGCUAGUCCUGAUAACCUUCUUUUCAUCCACAUGCUUGGAGAUGAUUUCCAGAAGGAGCUGUUCCAUCACCUUUCCUGGGAUGGAGGUGAGGCUGACUGGCUUCUGGUUAUACUUUCCUGGGUCACCCUUCUUGCCCUUUUUGAACACUGAAGUGACUUUGGCUUUCUUCCAGUCCUCAGACACCUCUCCUGUUCUCUAAGACCUUUCAACGAUGAUGGAGAAUGGCUUUGCAAUAACAUCUGCCAACUCUCUCUGCACUCUUGGGUGCGUCCCAUUGGGACCCAUGGAUUUGUGGAUGUCCAGUUUGUCUAAACAAUCUCUAACCUGAUCUUCUUCAACCAAAGGAAAGUCUUCCUUUUGCCAGACUUUCUCUCCUGUCUCUAGGGUCUGGGAUACAUGAGGGCCAGUUUUAGCAGUAAAGACUGAAGCAAGGAAGGCAUUCAGCAACUCUGCCUUCUCUGUAUCAUGUGUCACCAGGGCACCCUCCUCAUUCAGCAGCGGACCACAUUUUGCCUAACCUUCCUUUUGCCGCUGAUAUACUAGAAGAAGCCCUUCUUGUUGUCCUUGACAUCCCUGGACAGAUUUGCUUCCAAGUGAAGCUUGGCCUUCCUCACCACAUCCCUGCAUACUCUAACAGCCUUCUUGUAUUCCUCCAGGGUGAUCUGUCCCUUUUUCCACAUUACAUAAGCAUCCUUCUUCCACCUGAGUUUUGGUACCCACAGGUCUCUUCAGUCCUUAAAAAACAAAUAACAAUAUCCUUGGAAUCAACUAUGUUGUCUGGUAGAGGUGCAUGAGAAUGACCAGAAUGACAGAGCUUAUGUCUCCCUUCAGACAGACCAGUGUCUGCUUAAGGAAAGGUCUGCUUUGAGAAUGAGCAGAGCUUCGGGACUGUAUCUCUAUAUCUGUCUCUGUGCACGUGUGUGAAAACAUGAAACUGAGCUUGAGAGAAAAAGACAUAAACUAUACACUUGUCCAUCUCACCAACACAUAGGAAGGGAAAUUGUGAUGGCCUUGUUAAGCAAGGCCCUAGUGAAGAUAUUGCAUGAAAAGACACAUUCUUUGUGUUUAGAGAGGAAAUGACCCUAGCUGUUCUGAUCUGUGCCCAUCUGUUGGCUAACUGUGAGCUAGCCAUCAACAUACUAUAUUUAUCCUGUUGGCAAAGUUAGAAUAUCACAAUGUCUGCAGAUACCACUCCUGUAUGGAUUUAAGGAUUUCCCCAAGCCAACCUAGCAAUUGAAGACUGAGUAACCACAUUUGAUAGUUAUUGAAGACUCCCAUAAUAUGAUAGGAGGUCCUCCAAAGUACUUGUACUAGAAUAGCCAACAAAGUUCAGAAUCUUUAUUGCAGAGAGCAGUUCCAUUUGAGAAGAAAACAUUAUUCAACAGCACGGAUACAUUUGCGCAGUCUACUCUUUUAUUCUUCAGAUCAUUUUUAUACUGACUUGGCUUUGGUAUAACUUUCCACACACAUCAGAAUUUCAUAUUGCAUAAUUCCAUUCACAGUUGAGGUUGCUGAUUUUUUUCAUAGUUGAAUACAGAAAAGCUGAGGCUCUUGGGCACAAGAGACAACGUUAUCAAGUUUCACAUUAGUUGUAUUACUGCUGUAAUGGGUGAUGGCAAAGUCAUUAACAGCUUUUGUUGGUAUCAUUAUAUUAGAGAGAGAGAGAGUUAACACCCAGAAUUAAAGUUUGGUGGGUUUUUUAAACGGUUACCCAUGGGUAUCAGUUCCACUUUGGAACAUGGACUAAAGACUACUUCCUUUUUUAAUAAAGACCAAAUUUCUGGAGUAAAGUUGUCUGAAAAAUUUACCUUCCUUGUAAUUCUGAAGUUUGGGUUCAUGCUGCUGAUUAGACAGAUUGAUAGAGGAAGAAAAGAAGGACAGAUGCAGAGACACCUAGCUAGCAUGUCAGAAAUAAAGGUAUCAUAGCAGUUUAGUCUAUCAAAGUGUAAUAGAUGAGAUUGUAACUGUUGUGUCUUGAGGAUUCUUUACAUUAGCUCUCUUUUCCAUUAUUGCCUUCACUAAAUAGAUGAUUUCUUUUACCACAGCAAUAUGAAGAGCAGUUUCCCCUGCAGCACACAAUUUCCUUGUUGUCUAUCACACUAUACCAAAUGUGCCAGAAGCACUUCAACAGUUGGAAGCCCACAGCACAGCCACAGAUAUUUUAUUAGUGAAAAACUGAGACAUACUUGGGAAAAUACAGGAUAUUCGAAGAUUUCCUUGGUAAGGAGUAGUGUAUAUCCAUGAAACUAGGGAGAUGAAGUGUAUGAUUUCUUUAGUCUCUUGAAAUUCUCAAUUCAGACUCUCAUCUCAUUUAGAUGUUAGGACUCACUUUGUAGAAGAUGUUCUGCAUCUUGUCCUGUAAGAAGGGCCACAGGAUCUGGCCUGGUUUCUCAUCCAUGCAGUCUUUAAUUUGUUUUGACCCAAGGGCAGAUACUACAUUUAUGAAAUGUAUUGCCACUCGGAAUGAACAAUACUCACUCUCAGCAUUUCUCAUUAAAAUGUUUUACCACUUUGUUUAUUCGA